UUUGAGGGUCUGCUGUGGACCUGUUUCUCCAGGAUGACCUGUCUCUAUUUCUAGGUCCCAAAUUACUACCAUGAAGUUGACCUCUUUGUACUUGGUUGUGACACUUUGUGUCUUCUGCAAAGAUGGUGGAGCCCUAUUUUUUAGACUAAAGUCAGAUAAUGAAGUAGCUGAAAGCAGUUCAGGUGACUUACUGGUUGCAGGUUCACCCUUUGAUGACUCACACGGAAGGAAAUCUGUUGCUGCUUCGGUCUUCGACACAGAACAUGGUUCUCCAGGAAAGGCUGAGGGCAGGCGGCGAGAGCGGCGAGAUACUGAGAGUUUGGAGCUAGAGGACACCCCAGCAGAGGAAACCACUACGGCAAGUAGUUCUGACAGCAGUGACUCUGGUGGUACGGAUGCUGCUGGCACUGAUUCAAAUCAAAACGAAGCUGGUGUGACAAGCUCAUCUGACUACAGUACCACGGAACCUCCCAGUACUCCAGAAAAAGGAUCUCAUAUUCCAGAAGCAACUCCCACAUACUCAGAAACAAACACAAUUAUUGGUGAAGCUUCUACUUGGGACGAAGGAGCAUACAAAGCUUUCAACGGCCGUAUCUUUUCCUUUGAGUCAUCAUGCACGUACACUUUCUGCCGCCACUGCGUUGACUCUGGAGAUUUCAAUAUUGAGAUCAAACGAAACGAUGAUAAUGAGAUUGAAAAAAUAACAGUUUUAAUUGACAAUAAUGACAUCUCUAUAUCUGGUGACACCAUUUUAGUUAAUGAAGAAAGUGUACAGAUACCAUAUAACAACAAGCUGAUUCACAUUAAAAAACAUGGAGAAUAUAAUGUCCUGAACAGCCGUAGAGGAAUCUUGUCAUUAAUGUGGGACAAAAAUAACAAACUCUCACUCACUCUUCACAAGCAAUAUCCAACUUGCGGUCUUUGUGGUAAUUUCAACACCACUCCAGGAGAAGACAUCAAUGAGCACAUUGCCAAGAGUAAAAUUGCUGGUGAUUGCCCUGAAGCUACUAGUAAAACCUAUCAAACUUGCGAAGAUGGAGUAGAGUACUGUAACAAAAUUAUUGGAACCUACUUUGAGGAAUGUGGAAAGGUUUCUGCCUUAUCCAGUGACUACAAAAAGGUCUGCAUUGAUGAGUAUUGCCAAAAUGGAGACAAAAAUUCGACAUGUGACACUUACUCAGAAUUGUCCCGCCUUUGUGCCUCAGAUGGUCCCGGCACCUACGAAUCCUGGCGAGAUGAUUCUGAUGUGGUUUGCGAAAAACCUCAAUGCCCAGAAAAACAUGUUUACAAAGAAUGUGGCCCCUCAAAUCCUGCAACUUGUUCUAAUGUGGCUCCUUUUCAAGACAGUGAAUGUGUGAGUGGCUGCACCUGCCCAGAAGGUUAUCUGUUGGAUGACAUUGGAGAGAAAGGAAGAUGUGUAUUGAAGGCCGACUGUCCCUGUGAGUCUAAUGGAAAUGUCUACCUGUCAGGAGACGUUCGAGAAGGUCCUUGUGGGUCUCAGUGCACAUGCCAAGAUGCAAAGUGGUCUUGCACUGAAGCAAUGUGUCCUGGAAGAUGUAAGGUGGAAGGAAGUUCAAUUACCACCUUUGAUGGUGAAAAAUAUAACCAUCCUGGAAACUGUCACUUUUUGGCCAUCCACGAUCAAGAUUGGUCUGUUAGUGUUGAGCUUCGUCCAUGUCCAAGUGGUAUGUCAGGAACGUGCUUAAAUAGUGUUACACUCGCCUUAAAUUCGUCUGGUUCAGUUGACAAAUAUGUAUUUAAUAGAGAUGGAACAGUCACAAAUGACAAGAUUGAAAAUCAACAUUAUUACUAUUCAGACAAAAUACAGAUUUUCAAGGCAUCUCUCUCAUACUUUCAAGUAGAAACAUACUCUCAUGUAAAAAUGCAAAUACAAACUGAUCCCGUGAUGCAAUUAUAUGUUUCCAUGCCACCUAACCAAUUCACAGACACUGUCGGACUCUGUGGCUCCUACAACAACAGAGCAGAGGAUGAUUUCAUGUCAAGUCAGAAUAUAUUGGAGAAGUCGUCUCAGGCUUUUGCUGAUUCUUGGGAAAUGAUGUCCUGUCCUAAAGGAAACCCAACUUCAUGCAUCAGCAUAGACACAGAAAGGUUUGCUGAAAGUCACUGUGGAAUUCUUCUUGAUUCAAAUGGGCCUUUUGCUUCCUGCCAUCCAAUUGUGAACCCUAAACCAUAUCAUGAGGAAUGCAAAAAAUACACUUGCAGUUGUGAAGAUGGUCAAGAAUGCCUAUGCACAAUUUUAGGCAACUAUGUGAAAGCAUGUGCUGAGAAAGAAACAUACAUAGUGGAAUGGAGAACUGGACGAUGUGAUCACUCUUGUCCAAGUGGCCUAGUUUUCAAGUACAAUGUAAAAGCCUGCAACAGUUCUUGCCGAUCCCUGUCAGAGAGCGAUAGGAGCUGUGAUGUAGAAGAUGUUCCAGUAGAUGGGUGCACUUGCCCUGAUGGGAUGUACAAGGAUAACGAAGGAAAUUGUGUUUCAAAGUCCCAGUGUGAGUGCUACAUGAACGACGAGGUCAUAAAACCAGGCAAACUCAUCGAGAUUGAUGACAAUAAAUGUGUCUGUCGGGAUGGAAGUCUUCUUUGCCAGACUCCCAUUGAUUUAACCCACCAGAAUUGCUCUGGAGGGGCUGAAUAUGUUGACUGCAGUGAUCCCAAGGCACAGAGAAGAGUUGACAGUACAUGCAGCACUCGGAACAUACCUAAUUUUGAGGAGAACUCGCAUUGCAAACGUGGGUGCUACUGUCCAGUAGGAAUGGUUCGAGAUUCUAAAGGGAACUGUGUCUUUCCUGAUGACUGCCCUUGCUCUUUUGGUGGACGAGAGUAUAGCCAAGGAAGUGUCACCUCAGUUGGCUGCAACAAAUGUACUUGCAUGAAAGGAUCUUGGAACUGCACACAAAAUGAAUGUCAGAGUACCUGCCACAUCUAUGGGGAAGGUCACGUUCAAACUUUUGACAGAAAAAGUUACAGCUUUGAUGGGCUCUGUCAGUAUUCAUUUGUUGAGGAUUAUUGUGGCAGUGAAAAUGGCACAUUCCGCAUUUUAACUGAAAGCGUCCCUUGCUGUGAAGACGGGCUCACGUGCUCAAGAAAAAUCAUAGUUGCUUUUCAGGAUCAGAAUGUUAUCUUGCAAGAUGGUAAGGUAACAGCCAUCAAAACGGCAGAAAGUAAGGAGUGUGAACUCAAUGGAAAUACGUACACUGUGCAUACCGUUGGCCUAUACCUGAUUCUGAAAUUUGUCUCUGGAAUAACUGUGAUUUGGGACAAAAACACAAGAAUGACUGUUAUAUUGGAGCCAUACUGGAAUGUAUGUACAUCACUAAUAAGUAAUUAAUUGGGAAGCAAAAUCAUUUCUGAUACUGAGAAUGAUUGCACAACGCGGUACUCCUCAGUAGCUACCGGAGCACUGGAGUUUGGAAAUAGCUGGAAGACGUCUCAAGAAUGUUCAGACACCGUAACUCAGACUUUCCCAUGUGACUCCAACCCCUACUGCAAAGCCUGGGCUGUGCGGAAAUGCGAGAUCAUCCGGGACAGCACCUUCAGAGAGUGCCACAGCAAGGUGGACCCCAGCACUUACUACGAUGCGUGCAUCGAGGAAGCCUGCGCCUGCGACAUGGAGGGCAAGUACCUGGGAUUCUGCACGGCUGUGGCCAUGUAUGCGGAGGCGUGCAGCGCGGUUGGGGUCUGUGUGGCGUGGAGAAAGCCCGACCUCUGUCCUGUCUACUGUGAUUAUUAUAAUGCCCCUGGAGAAUGCAGCUGGCAUUAUGAACCUUGCGGGACGGUGACUGCAAAAACAUGCAAAGAUCGAGUUAUUGGCCAGAAAUUUUCUGCACUUUUAGAAGGUUGUUAUGCUAAGUGCCCAGAGAGUGCUCCUUACCUGGAUGAGAACACCAUGAAAUGCGUCAGGUUAUCCGAGUGCAGCUGCUUCUACAAUGAUGUCAUACCAGCAGGUGGAGUGAUCCAAGACAACUGUGGGAGAACAUGCUAUUGCAUCGCAGGAGAGUUGGCGUGCAGUGGAAUUGGUUCUGACAAUUCAACAGUUACAGUUUCUACUACAACAGCUACCUCCAUAUUAACCACCACAACAGCAAUUCCAUUGGCAACCAGUAGCUCAGGCACAGCAACAUUCACUCCAGGGAUUACAACAUCAAGCAGUGAGACAACAGGAACAACUCUAAGUCUACCCGUUGAAGCUUUUACUACAGGCCUUAUGAGUACUCCGUUUCCCGUCACCUUCACAGCUGGAAGUGCAAGCACCCCUGGAGCAGUGGGUCCCCUCUUCACCAGUCCUUGGCACGUAUCAGGGACCACUGGAUCAUCAGCAAGUACAACCACAGGAGCUGAAAAAACAAGUUCAGCUGACACAGGCUUCAGAGAAGCUGGAAAAGGGGCCCCUACUGCACUACCAGUGGGAACCGAGAAGAGCACACCCGAGGCAUCAAGCACAGGAGCAACAAGCACAGGAAAAGCAGGGACCUCAGAAGGACCAGAGGACUUCACCACUGCACCUGGGAGCCAGAGCAGCGGCAGAGGAGACACAACUGCCCCAGGCACAACCUCGGGAGGCAGAGCGGGGACUACUGAGUCAUCAGCUGGGGAAACGACUAGAGCUCCAAGCAGUGAAGGGACACCCUCUGAGGAAGGCAAGUCAGGAACCACUGGAGGGGAAAAUGCAGCCACCACUGGAGCUGCUGGUGAAGAGACUUCUGGAGCAUCAGGUACACCUGGGACAUCAGGUGGCACAACUGUUGGAGGUGAAAGUACAUCUGAGUCACCCAGCAGUGGGACUACAAGUUCAUCAAAUAAGCUAGGAACAACUGGACAGUCUGCUGAAGGAUCAGGAACCACAAUAGUACCAUCAUCUGGAGUGACAGGAACAACCAUCACAUCAGCUGGAGAAUCAGGCAACACUAGAAAAACAGAAACAACUAGAUCAUAUGAUGUAGGUUCACAGUCAACAGGACCUUCAUCUGAAGGAUUAAAGACAACAGAGGCAGCAACUGGAAUGCUAGGGACAACUGAUUCAUCCGCCAAAACACCAACUGGAGGAUUACAAACAACUGGAUCAGAAGCUGGAGGAUCAGGGACCACAGAAGUAUCAACUGGAGAAACAGGAACAACUGUAACAUCUGCUACAGGUUCAGAAACAACUAAACUAAUAUCUGAAAGAGUAGGGACAACAAGACCAUCAGCUGUAGAGUCGGAGACAACUGGUGGAAUGUCAGGAAUCACUGGUGUAACACCUGAGGGAUUAGGAACAACUGGAAGAUCAGCAUCUGGAACAACUGAAUCAUCUGCUCAAGGUUCUGGGACAACAGAAUUACCAUCUAAAGGAACUGGGACAACCAGAACCCCAGCAGAAGAAAAAGGAACAACUGCUCCAACAGCUGAAAUGCCAGGAUCCACUGGUGUAACACCUGGAGGAUCAGCGACAAUAGGAACAUCAGAAUCUGGAAGAACUGGGUCACCUGUUAAAGGUUCUAGAACAACAGAAUCACCAUCUAAAGGAAGUGGGACAACCAGAACCCCAGCAGAAGAAAAAGGAACCACGGUCUCAAUGGGUCACAUGUCAGGAACUACUGGUGAAGCACCUGAAGGAUCAGGGACAACUGGAACAUCCUUCAGAGGUUCAGGAACAACUGAAUCACCAUCUGAAGGAACUGGGACAACCAGGUCAUCUGCUGAAGGGACAGGGACAACUGAAUCACCAUCUGAAGGAACUGGGACAACCAGAACCCCAGCAGAAGAGAAAGGAACAGCUGGUCAAACAGCUGAAAUGCCAGGAUCCACUGUUGUAACACCUGGAGAAUCAGGGACAACUGGAACAUCAGGAUAUGGAACAACUGAAACAUCUGCUAAAGGGUCUCAAACACCUGAAUCAUCAUCUGAAGGACCUGUAACAAGCAGGCCAUCUGAGGGAGGGACAGGAACCACUGGCCCAACAGGUGGAAUGUCAGGAACCACUGGUGUGGCACCUGGGGAAUUUGCAACAACUGGAUCAUCUGCUCAGGGUUCUGGGACACCAGAAUCACCAUCUAAAGGAACUGGGACAACCAGAACCCCAGCAGAAGGGAAAGGAACAACGGUCUCAAUGGGUCACAUGUCAGGAACUACUGGUGUAGCACCUGAAGGAUCAGGGACAACUGGAACAUCUUUCAGAGGUUCAGGAACAGGGGAAUCAUCAUCUGAAAGGCCAGGGACAACCAGGUCAUCUGCUGAAGGGACAGGGACAACUGGCCCAACAGGUGGAAUGUCAGGAACCACUGGUGUGGCACCUGGGGAAUUUGCAACAACUGGAUCAUCUGCUCAGGGUUCUGGGACAACAGAGUCACCAUAUAAAGGAACUGGGACAGCCAGAACCCCAGCUGAAGGGAAAGGAACAAUAGUCUCAAUGGUUCCCAUGUCAGGAACUACUGCUGUAACACCUGGAGGAUCAGGCACAACAGGAAUGUCAGAAUCUGGAACAACUGGAUCACCUGCUCAGGGUUCUGGGACAACAGAAUCACCAUCUAAAGGAACUGGGACAACCAGAACCCCAGCAGAAGGAAAAGGAACAACGGUCUCAAUGGGUCACAUGUCAGGAACUACUGGUGUAGCACCUGAAGGAUCAGGGACAACUGGAACAUCUUUCAGAGGUUCAGGAACAGGGGAAUCAUCAUCUGAAAGGCCAGGGACAACCAGAACCCCAGCAGAAGGAAAAGGAACAACGGUCUCAAUGGGUCACAUGUCAGGAACUACUGGGGUAGCACCUGAAGGAUCAGGGACAACUGGAACAUCUUUCAGAGGUUCAGGAACAGGGGAAUCACCAUCUGAAGGAACUGGGACAACCAGGUCAUCUGCUGAAGGGACAGGGACAACUAGCCCAACAGGUGGAAUGUCAGGAACCACAGCUGUAUCACCUGGAGAAUCAGGGACAACUGGAACAUCAGAAUCAGAAACAACUGAAACAUCUGCUAAAGGGUCUCAAACACCUGAAUCAUCAUCUGAAGGACCUGCAACAAGCAGGCCAUCUGAGGGAGGGACAGGAACCACUGGCCCAACAGGUGGAAUGUCAGGAACCACCGGUGUGGCACCUGGGGAAUUAGCAACAACUGGAUCACCUGCUCAGGGUUCUGGGACAACAGAGUCACCAUCUAAAGGAACUGGGACAACCAGAACCCCAGCAGAAGGGAAAGGAACAACGGUCUCAAUGGGUCACAUGUCAGGAACUACUGGUGUAGCACCUGAAGGAUCAGGGACAACUGGAACAUCUUUCAGAGGUUCAGGAACAGGGGAAUCAUCAUCUGAAAGGCCAGGGACAACCAGGUCAUCUGCUGAAGGGACAGGGACAACUGGCCCAACAGGUGGAAUGUCAGGAACCACUGGUGUGGCACCUGGGGAAUUUGCAACAACUGGAUCAUCUGCUCAGGGUUCUGGGACAACAGAGUCACCAUAUAAAGGAACUGGGACAGCCAGAACCCCAGCUGAAGGGAAAGGAACAAUAGUCUCAAUGGUUCCCAUGUCAGGAACUACUGCUGUAACACCUGGAGGAUCAGGCACAACAGGAAUGUCAGAAUCUGGAACAACUGGAUCACCUGCUCAGGGUUCUGGGACAACAGAAUCACCAUCUAAAGGAACUGGGACAACCAGAACCCCAGCAGAAGGAAAAGGAACAACGGUCUCAAUGGGUCACAUGUCAGGAACUACUGGUGUAGCACCUGAAGGAUCAGGGACAACUGGAACAUCUUUCAGAGGUUCAGGAACAGGGGAAUCAUCAUCUGAAAGGCCAGGGACAACCAGGUCAUCUCCUGGAGAGACAGGGACAACUGAAUCACCAUCUGAAAGACCAGGGACAACCAGGUCAUCCGCUGGAGAGACAGGGACAACUGGCCCAACAGGUGGAAUGUCAGGAACCACUGGUGUGGCACCUGGGGAAUUAGCAACAACUGGAUCACCCUCUCAGGGUUCUGGGACAACAGAAUCACCAUCUAAAGGAACUGGGACAACCAGAACCCCAGCAGAAGAGAAAGGAACAACUGGUCAAACAGCUGAAAUGCCAGGAUCCACUGUUGUAACACCUGGAGAAUCAGGGACAACUGGAACAUCAGGAUCUGGAACAACUGAAACAUCUGCUAAAGGGUCUCAAACACCUGAAUCAUCAUCUGAAGGACCUGCAACAAGCAGGCCAUCUGAGGGAGGGACAGGAACCACUGGCCCAACAGGUGGAAUGUCAGGAACCACUGGUGUGGCACCUGGGGAAUUAGCAACAACUGGAUCACCUGCUCAGGGUUCUGGGACAACAGAGUCACCAUCUAAAGGAACUGGGACAGCCAGAACCCCAGCAGAAGGGAAAGGAACAACGGUCUCAAUGGGUCACAUGUCAGGAACUACUGGUGUAGCACCUGAAGGAUCAGGGACAACUGGAACAUCUUUCAGAGGUUCAGGAACAGGGGAAUCAUCAUCUGAAAGGCCAGGGACAACCAGGUCAUCUGCUGAAGGGACAGGGACAACUGGCCCAACAGGUGGAAUGUCAGGAACCACUGGUGUGGCACCUGGGGAAUUUGCAACAACUGGAUCAUCUGCUCAGGGUUCUGGGACAACAGAGUCACCAUAUAAAGGAACUGGGACAGCCAGAACCCCAGCUGAAGGGAAAGGAACAAUAGUCUCAAUGGUUCCCAUGUCAGGAACUACUGCUGUAACACCUGGAGGAUCAGGCACAACAGGAAUGUCAGAAUCUGGAACAACUGGAUCACCUGCUCAGGGUUCUGGGACAACAGAAUCACCAUCUAAAGGAGCUGGGACAACCAGAACCCCAGCAGAAGGGAAAGGAACAACGGUCUCAAUGGGUCACAUGUCAGGAACUACUGGUGUAGCACCUGAAGGAUCAGGGACAACUGGAACAUCUUUCAGAGGUUCAGGAACAAGUGAAUCAUCAUCUGAAGGAACUGGGACAACCAGAACCCCAGCAGAAGGGAAAGGAACAACGGUCUCAAUGGGUCACAUGUCAGGAACUACUGGUGUAGCACCUGAAGGAUCAGGGACAACUGGAACAUCUUUCAGAGGUUCAGGAACAAGUGAAUCAUCAUCUGAAGGAACUGGGACAACCAGAACCCCAGCAGAAGGGAAAGGAACAACGGUCUCAAUGGGUCACAUGUCAGGAACUACUGGUGUAGCACCUGAAGGAUCAGGGACAACUGGAACAUCCUUCAGAGGUUCAGGAACAAGUGAAUCAUCAUCUGAAAGACCAGGGACAACCAGGUCAUCUGCUGGAGGGACAGGGACAACUGAAUCACCAUCUGAAGGAACUGGGACAACCAGAACCCCAGCAGAAGAGAAAGGAACAACUGGUCAAACAGUUGAAAUGCCAGGAUCCACUGUUGUAACACCUGGAGAAUCAGGGACAACUGGAACAUCAGAAUCAGAAACAACUGAAACAUCUGCUAAAGGGUCUCAAACACCUGAAUCAUCAUCUGAAGGACCUGUAACAAGCAGGCCAUCUGAGGGAGGGACAGGAACCACUGGCCCAACAGGUGGAAUGUCAGGAACCACUGGUGUGGCACCUGGGGAGUUUGCAACAACUGGAUCAUCUGCUCAGGGUUCUGGGACAACAGUGUCACCAUCUAAAGGAACUGGGACAGCCAGAACCCCAGCAGAAGGGAAAGGAACAACGGUCUGUUCAGGAACAACUGAAUCACCAUCUGAAGGAACUGGGACAACCAGGUCAUCUGCUAAAGGGACAGGGACAACUAGCCCAACAGGUGGAAUGUCAGGAACCACAGCAGUAUCACCUGUAGGAUCAGGGACAACAGGAACAUCAGAAUCAGAAACAACUGAAACAUCUGCUAAAGGGUCUCAAACACCUGAAUCAUCAUCUGAAGCACCUGCAACAAGCAGGCCAUCUGAGGGAGAGAAAGGAACCACUGGCCCAACAGGUGGAAUGUCAGGAACCACUGGUGUGGCACCUGGGGAAUUAGCAACAACUGGAUCACCCUCUCAGGGUUCUGGGACACCAGAAUCACCAUCUAAAGGAACUGGGACAACCAGAACCCCAGCAGAAGGGAAAGGAACCAUGGUCUCAAUGGGUCACAUGUCAGGAACUACUGGUGUAGCACCUGAAGGAUCAGGGACAACUGGAACAUCUUUCAGAGGUUCAGGAACAGGGGAGUCAUCAUCUGAAAGGCCAGGGACAACCAGGUCAUCUGCUGAAGGGACAGGGACAACUGGCCCAACAGGUGGAAUGUCAGGAACCACUGGUGUGGCACCUGGGGAAUUUGCAACAACUGGAUCACCUGCUCAGGGUUCUGGGACAACAGAAUCACCAUCUAAAGGAACUGGGACAACCAGAACCCCAACAGAAGAAAAAGGAACAACUGCUCCAAUAGCUGAAAUGCCAGGAUCCACUGGUGUUACACCUGGAAGAUCAGGGACAACUGGAACAUCAGAAUCUGGAACAACUGGGUCACCUGUUAAAAGUUCUAGAACAACUGAAUCACCAUCUAAAGGAAUUGGGACAACCAGGACCCCAGCAGAAGGGAAAGGAACCACGGUCUCAAUGGGUCACAUGUCAGGAACUACUGGUGUAGCACCUGAAGGAUCAGGGACAACUGGAACAUCUUUCAGAGGUUCAGGAACAAGUGAAUCAUCAUCUGAAGGAACUGGGACAACCAGGUCAUCUCCUGGAGGGACAGGGACAACUGAAUCACCAUCUGAAGGAACUGGGACAACCAGAACCCCAGCAGAAGAGAAAGGAACAACUAAUCAAACAGUUGAAAUGCCAGGAUCCACUGUUGUAACACCUGGAGAAUCAGGGACAACUGGAACAUCAGAAUCAGAAACAACUGAAACAUCUGCUAAAGGGUCUCAAACACCUGAAUCAUCAUCUGAAGGACCUGUAACAAGCAGGCCAUCUGAGGGAGGGACAGGAACCACUGGCCCAACUGGUGGAAUGUCAGGAACCACUGGUGUGGCACCUGGGGAAUUUGCAACAACUGGAUCACCUGCUCAGGGUUCUGGGACAACAGAAUCACCAUCUAAAGGAACUGGGACAACCAGAACCCCAGCAGAAGUGAAAGGAACAACUGGUCCAACAACUGAAAUGCCAGGAUCCACUGGUGUAACCCCCCCAGGUUCAGGGACAACUGUAGGAUCAGAAUCUGGAGCCACUGGAUCAUCUGUUAAAGGUUCAGGAACUGAAUCAUCAUCUGAAAAAACUACAACAACCAGACCAUCAGCUGAAGGAUCAGGGACAACUGGAUUUGGAGCUGGUACCACUAGAUCUACUCAAGGAAGAUCUGGAUCAUCAACUGAAGUGGGAAGAACAACGAUGAUGCCAGGAAGUGAUAUUACCACAUCUGGAGAUGCAUUCAGAGAGUCAGGAGGAGCUACCACCCAGCCAAGCAGAGGAAGCACAGCUGGAGCAGGAGCCUCUGGGGCCACCUCUGCUGGGAACCAAGCAGGCACAACUGAAGAAUCAUAUGGAGAAACCACUGAAGCAGGCGAAAGCACAACCAGAUUAACCACACCUGUCUCAGGUUCCAUAAGAAGCACCUCUGGCUCAACAAUUCCAUCAGAAAGUUCUACUGUAGGCCCAGAGAACAAAGUUCUACCAGAACUCAUUGUAGUGCCACCAGGACAGGCUAAAGUAACAGAGGCCACAACUACCAGAGGAGGUUCGGGCAUCACUGGAAAUGGAUUCAGAACAGCAGGUACCACUGUAUCAUCAGAAAGUGAAGUCACUGGGAAGAAAACAGGCACCACUGGGGUAACUCCUGGCACAACUGUUGCCCCAGGCAGUUCCAAAACAGAGGCCACAACUUUCCUUGGGGAAAGUGAAACAACUACAGUUGGAGUAGAGACAGGUACUACUGGUAUAGCCUCUGGAGAAACCCCGGGACCUGGAAGUUACAUCACAGGUAGCACCACGCUUUCACCUGGAGCCAGCAGCAGCUCACAGAAAACCAAACCAGGCACCUCUGCCACACCAGGGAGCCCAGAGACUGGAAGUGAAACAGGUGCUACACAGGGACUCACUAGGACAACCAGUGUAUCUGAAGGUUCCAACACAGAGGCCACAACGUUAACAGAAAGCAGUGGCACUUCUGGAACUGGAUUCAGAACUGGUACCACCACACUUUCACCUGGAGCCAGCAGCAGUUCGCAGAAAACCAAGCCAGGCACCACUGUCACACCUGGAAGUUCGGGGACUGGAAGUGAACCAGGUACUACUGGUAUAGUCUCUGGAAAAACUCCGGAACCUGGACCUUACACCACAGAGGCCACAACUUCCAUGGGAGGAAGUGGGACCACCCAAGCAGGACUUCUGGAAGGUACCACAACACUUUCACCUGGAGCCACCAGCAGUUCACAGAAAACCAAGCCAGGCACCUCUGUGGCACCAGGGAGUCCAGGGACUGGAAGUGAAACAGGUUCUACACAGGAAUUCCCCAGGACAACAAUCAUACCUGGGAGUUCCCACACAGAGGCCACAACGGUAACAGAAAGCAGUGGCACUUCUGGAAGUGGAUUCAGAGGUGCUGGCACUCCUGGAACAGGAUCCAGACCCGGCGCCACUGCAGUGCCACAAGGCCAAGCAACUGGGAGUGUGACAGGCACCACUGGACCAGUUGUUGGCACAACUGUUGUACCUGGCAGUUCCAACACAGAAACCACAACUUCCACAGGAGGUAGUAAGGCUACGCAUGGAAGAUUGCCAGGAGGCACCUCUGUCACACCUGGGAGUCCAGGGACUGGAAGUGGAACAGAGGCUACAACUUCAACAGAAGGCAGUGGCACAUCUGGAAAUGGAUUGAGAACAGAGGCCACUACUUCCACAGAAGGAAGUGGGACUACCCAAGCAGGACUUGUAGGAGGUACCACAACACUUUCACCUGGAGCGAGCAGCAGUUCACAGAAAACCAAGCCAGGUACCUCUGUCGCACCAGGGAGUCCUGGGACCGGAACUGAGACAGCGGCUACAACAUCAACAGAAGGCAGUGGCACAUCUGGAACUGGAUUCAGAACUGAGGCCACUACUUCCACGGAAGAAAGUGGGACUACCCAAGCAGGACUUGUAGGAGGUACCACAACACUUUCACCUGGAGCCAGCAGCAGUUCACAGACAACCAAGCCAGGCACCUCUGUCACACCAGGGAAUCCAGGGACUGGAAGUGAAACAGAGGCCACAACCUUAACAGAAAGCAGUGGCACUUCUGGAAGUGGAUUCAGAGGUGCUGGCACUCCUGGAACAGGAUCCAGACCCGGCGCCACUGCAAUGCCACAAGGCCAAGCAACUGGGAGUAUGACAGGCACCACCGGCCCAGCUGUUGGCACAACUGUUGCACCUGGCAGUUCCAACACAGAAACCACAACUUCCACAGGAGGCAGUAAGGCUACUCAGGGAAGAUUGCCAGGAGGCACCUCUGUCACACCUGGGAGUCCAGGGACUGGAAGUGGAACAGAGUCUAUAACGUCAACAGAAGGCAGUGGCACAUCUGGAACUGGAUUCAGAACUGAGGCCACUACUUCCACGGAAGGAAGUGGGACUACCCAAGCAGGACUUGUAGGAGGUACCACAACACUUUCACCUGGAGCCAGCAGCAGUUCACAGACAACCAAGCCAGGCACCUCUGUGACACCUGGGAGUCCAGGGACUGGAAGUGAAACAGGUGCUACACAGGAAUUCCCCAGGACAACCAUUAUACCUGGGAGUUCCCACACAGAGGCCACAACGGUAACAGAAAGCAGUGGUACUUCUGGAAGUGGAUUCAGAGGUGCUGGCACUCCUGGAACAGGAUCCAGACCCGGCGCCACUGCAGUGCCACAAGGCCAAGCAACUGGGAGUGUGACAGGCACCACUGGCCCAGCUGUUGGCACAACUGUUGCACCUGGCAGUUCCAACACAGAAGCCACAACUUCCACAGGAGGCAGUAAGGCUACUCAGGGAAGAUUGCCAGGAGGCACCUCUGUCACACCUGGGAGUCCAGGGACUGGAAGUGGGACAGAGGCUACAACUUCAACAGAAGGCAGUGGCACAUCUGGAACUGGAUUCAGAACUGAGGCUACUACUUCCACGGAAGAAAGUGGGACUACCCAAGCAGGACUUGUAGGAGGUACCACAACACUUUCACCUGGAGCCAGCAGCAGUUCACAGAAAACCAAGCCAGGUACCUCUGUCGCACCAAGGAGUCCUGGGACUGGAACUGAGACAGCGGCUACAACAUCAACAGAAGGCAGUGGCACAUCUGGACCUGGAUUCAGAACUGAGGCCACUACUUCCACCGAAGGAAGUGGGACUACCCAAGCAGGACUUGUAGGAGGUACCACACUUUCACCUGGAGCCAGCAGCAGUUCACAGACAACCAAGCCAGGCACCUCUGUCACACCAGGGAGUCCAGGGACUGGAAGUGAAACAGGUGCUACACAGGAAUUCCCCAGGACAACCAUUAUACCUGGGAGUUCCCACACAGAGGCCACAACGGUAACAGAAAGCAGUGGCACUUCUGGAAGUGGAUUCAGAGGUGCUGGCACUCCUGGAACAGGAUCCGGACCCGGCGCCACUGCAGUGCCACAAGGCCAAGCAACUGGGAGUGUGACAGGCACCACUGGCCCAGCUGUUGGCACAACUGUUGCACCUGGCAGUUCCAACACAGAAGCCACAACUUCCACAGGAGGCAGUAAGGCUACUCAGGGAAGAUUGCCAGGAGGUACCACUGAAGAGUUUUCUGGAACAACUGUUACAUCUGGAGGUUUUAACACAGGUACCACUAGGGUAGCUUCUGGCACUACACUUGAACCUGGGAGUUCAAACACAGAAGCUACAACACACCCUAGAGGCAGUGGAACCACAGGAAGCACUACAGGUUCUACUGGAGUGGCCCCUGGCAGUACCAUCUCUUCUGGAAGUUCCAACACAGGAGCCACCACUGGCACAUCUGAGAGUUCAAGUCCUGGAAGUAAAACAGGAACCACUGGUGUGGUCUCUGGCACAACAGUUGCACCUGGAAGUUCCAACACAGGGGCCACAACUUCUUCGGAAAGUGGUGGAACCACUGAGGGUGAAAUGAAAAUAGUUACCACUGAGGUCACUACUGGCACAACAACUGCACCUGGGAGUUCCAAUGCAAAGACUACAACUUUUACGGAAGUUGAAACUACCACUGGAGUUGGAAUGGUAACUGGUACUACUACAGGGUCUGCUGGAGCUUCCAGGGGCCCAGGGAAUACCAGUCCUGCUACUACUGUAGUAUCAAGUGGAAGUACUGGUGGCCCAGAAAGUUCCAGUCCAGGUACCUCCCAGGAAGCAUCUGAAACGACCAUUGCUUCUGGAAUUUCUACCACGGAAGCCACUGCAGUAGCAACAGGAGAUCAAGAAACUAAAAAUAAGGCAGGCUGUCCAGCACCACUUCCACCACCUCCAGUUUGCUAUGGUCCACUGGGAGAAGAGAAAUCACCUGGAGACACAUGGACUGCUAAUUGCCACAGAUGCACCUGUACCAAUGCUAAUGCGGUGGACUGUAAACCCAAGGAGUGCCCUUCUCCCCCCACAUGCAAAACUGAAGAGAGGCUUGUAAAGUUCAAAGAUAAUGACACCUGCUGUGAAAUUGGAUACUGUGAACCAAGAACAUGUUUAUUUAACGAUACCAACUAUGAGAUUGGUGCUUUUUUUGAUGACCCCAACAACCCAUGCGUCUCCUACUUCUGCGACACAACUGGUUUCCGUGCAGUGGUCGAAGACUGCCCCAAGCAGACCUGGUGUGCAGAAGCAGACCGAGUCUAUGAUUCAAAAAAAUGUUGCUAUAAAUGUAAUACCAAUUGCAGAUCUUCACUCGUCAAUGUGACUGUUAAGUACAAUGGUUGCAAGAAAAGACUUGAGAUGGCAAGAUGCGUAGGGGAAUGCAAACAGACCAUCAAGUACAAUUAUGAUAUCUUUCAGUUGGAAAAUUCCUGCCUUUGCUGCCGAGAAGAAAACUAUGAGUUCAGAGACAUCAUUCUUGACUGUCCUGGUGGCAAAACCUUGUCUUACAGAUACAGGCACAUCACAGCGUGUUCUUGCUCAGACAAGUGCCAUCAAUCUUCAUCCUCAGCGAGCAUGUAAUGUUAACAUUACCUUUCCAGUUGUAACAGGCGGGUAUUUAUUUUAUAAGUGAACAAAAAUCAGCACUCACUUGUGAGAAUAAUGAAACACUGUAUCUCUAUGCAAAAGUAAAUUCUCAUUAUGAGGCAUUUUGUUCUUUUGUUGACUGAAUC